AAGCAUAAAUCAAAAUGAAAAAAGUUAAAAAGUUAAAUUAAUAACGAUCAAGAAAGCAAGAAAUGCGAGAUCGAUUCGACAGAGAAGAGAUUUAUCGAUCUGCAUUUCACUGCAACGGGCGUAGGUGUAUCAUUUACCCGAAAUCGAAUCCGCCAACUCAGUCAGUAGCAUCGUUUAUCAAAUAAAAAGAUAGAGAGAUACAGUAUUACUUUGAAAGGAUUAAUAUCUUCAUAAAUAAUGGAUAAUUUACCAUUGCAAAAAGUGGAGCUGCAAACAGAUGUUUAUAUGGUUUGUUUGCAACAUGCAUUAUCAACAGAAAACUUUGAAGUGAUGGGUUUACUCAUUGGUAACUUUGAAUGUGGAGUAGCUAAAAUAUCAGCUGUUAUCAUUUUACGACGUUUAGAUAAAAAGAAAGACAGGGUAGAAAUUUCAUCAGAGCAGUUAUUAAAAGCUGCUGCUGAAGCUGAGCGAUUAACAAUAGAAUUAAAGCGCCCUAUGCGUGUUCUUGGCUGGUAUCAUUCACACCCACACAUUACAGUUUGUCCGUCACAUGUUGAUGUUAGAACUCAAGCUACUUACCAAACCAUGGAUCACAGUUUUGUGGGCUUAAUAUUCUCAGUAUUUUCAGAAGGCAAAGAAUCAAAAGAACAUGAAAUCUAUUUAAAUUGCUUUCAAUCAGACAACGGUGAAGCCACAGAGAUACCAUUACAGAUAGUACAUACUCCAGAUAUUUCAGACAGAUGUUUAAGAACCAUGACAGACUUGUCAAAAAUUUUGGUACAAGAAGAAGAAGAUAUGGCUGAGGCUUGUAAAGAUCAUCCCGAUGUCCUUGCCAGUAUUCACAAUAACGCUGUCAGAACACGUGCCUUGGUUCAUAUAACAGAUAUUAUUACAAAACCUUUGGUACAAACACUGGAAAAAAGAAUAGCAUUAAACAAAUUACGUGCUAUGCACCUUCAAAGACAGCUACAAGAAUUACAAAAAAUAUAUAAUGGAUAAAAAUUUUUCAGAUGUUAUUGUUUAAAUCAUAAUAUAAGUUACGAAACGAAUAACUUGUGAAUAUAAAUGAUUUGUUUUUUCCCCAAUAAGCUAUAAUUAAGUAAUAUAAAUAAGAUUUCAGGUAAAAAUAAAUAUUUACGAAACUGA